CCCCAACAAAUUGCAGGAGUAUGCUAUCCAAGUCUAAAAAUGUUCAUCAAGAAGGAUCCAGCCUUUAUAAUAUAGCAAAUUCAACUGUAAAUCCUGAGCCAUGGUGGAAUAAUACGGGCUAUGGUUCAUUUUCCCAUACAUUAAUGCGUGGAAAUGGGUCUGACUCGUCAUCCCUUGAACAAUCUGUGGAUGCUCAUUCCCUGUCUGAAGGUGGAGUUAAUGAGGAAGAUAAUACUCAGAAAAAAUCACCCAACGCUAAUCGACUCCACUCAGAUAGAAGCUAUAGGCCGGAGGAUUCGAAUCUCCAGCAAGUUGAGCAAUCCUUAAAUCCAGGACCUGUAGGAAGCCUUACACAGCCAGCACAACUCGAACUUGUUGGCCACUCAAUUGCCUGCGCUUCAAAUCCUUACGAUCCAUAUUAUGGGAGAAUGCUGACAGCUUAUGGCCAACCUAUGGUCCCUCAGUUGUAUGAUUUGCAUCAAGUGAGGAUGCCACUGCCUCUAGAAGUGGCACAGGAGCCAGUUUACGUGAAUGCCAAGCAAUAUCAUGGUAUACUGCGUAGGCGUCAAUCGCGCGCCAAAGCCGAGCUGGAGAAGAAACUCAUAAAAUCUCGAAAGCCAUAUCUCCAUGAAUCCCGGCACCAGCAUGCCAUGAGGAGAGCAAGAGGCUCAGGUGGCCGUUUUGCAAAGAAAACCGAUGGAGAUAAUUCUAAGGCUGCAGAAAAUGGGGCUGCUGCCUUAUCCAAAUCCAUUGACACAUCAGCAUCAGAGCCUGGACAGAGCCAUCAGUGGGGAAAUAUUCAAUCUAACCAUGCACUCGCCAUGCAAUGAGCUCACGAACAUGAAAUUAGAAGUGGAGUUUGUGGAUAAAACAGGGCGGUGUACAAAAUAGUGUGCUCGUGUUCAGAAUAUGGGCUUUGGCUUUCCUUAGAGGUGGCCGGCAACUCAUUCUUGGCUGGUGUUACAAUGGGUGGUCUGUGUGUUUGCUUUUGUACAAAGUGUAAUGUAGUUAUUAUUAAGUCGGCCUUGAGCAGACCGAAAAAAAAAGNUUCCAAAAAAAAAAAAAAAGAAAGAAAGAAAGAUGAUGAAGAAGAAACCUAGAUUUAAUCAAACGUUGAACCCUUGUAAAGUCUAGUGAGAUGAGUAUUUUGCG